CAGUGUCAUCCGUACGCGUUGGCCGUGCGCACAUAUUUUCUUCUUCGCUACCGUUGUUAAAACACUCGAGAAAAAAAAAAACCUUAAACGCCGCCGCAGAGAGUAAAUUGAUCACACGUCGCGCCACGCCGGCCAAACUUCGACUUGCGUUCCACUCGCACCGUCUCUCGUGCCACGAUCAGUCUCGCGACUUGCCGCUCACACCACUGGCGUGCGUUAUUCGACAACCGAUUUUUAUUACCCGAUAUUCUAUCGUAUAUUAUUUAAGUUAUUGUUAUUAUAAUUAUUAUUAUUCUUAUUACCKUUAUUGUCUUAGUAAUAAUUGUGCAUAAUAAUAUUUUAUAUUACUAAUAAAUUAUAAUAUACGAUACAUUGUCGGGUUUUCGACGAGCCGUUUUUGAACGACGCUUCUCGACGCACAUUUACAUGGUGUCGUAUGAAAGUCCGAUGGCUCACGUAUUGGGGACCAACAACCUCGACUCUUCGGAGCCUUACAAGUCCGAACACGUCGAAGAAAUGGACAUGAAGGUAAAUAUAAAUGACUAUUGGGUACACUUUGCGCUGAACGCAAUCCUUGAACGUUACAACAUCAAUCAAGUGCCUAGAGACGAACAAGAAUUACGUUCGUUGUUUGUGGGCUCUUAUUAUCAUCUACAAUACUCUAUCAGCCAACAGAAUAACGAACCCUCCACGACCUAUCCUACGGACGCGGUCCUCAUGCAGAUCAUGCAUCAAGUGUUCGACAUACACCCCGACUGGCUAGAUCAACGCAACAACAAUCAGCCGCCAGUGCAAGCUCCGGCCACCGGCGACGACGAGACGUCAUCCGUGGCGUCGUCCGCGUCGUCUUCCAACCCGCCGUCCUCGUCGCGCCCGCGUCAAACACGGCCAUUCAAAUGCACAGUUUGCGGCAAAGAGUUCGGCUACAAACACGUACUGCAGAACCACGAACGCACUCACACCGGCGAAAAACCGUUCGUGUGUUCUGUGUGUAACAAGUGUUUCACCCGUGACCACCAUCUCAAGACKCACGUCAGACUGCACACCGGCGAAAAGCCAUUUUGGUGUCCGCACUGCAAUAGGUUUUUCGUGCAGGUGGCCAACUUACGUAGACACCUCAAGACACACACUGGCGAAACGACCUACCCGUGCGAAUACUGUGUCGCGUUCUUUGCAACGGCCUCGGAGCUGAAAGACCAUAAGCGACAGCACAAGGAAAACAACAAACCCCGCGGAGUUGUAAAAAAACGCUGCCGCGCUACCGUACAGCCGACCGACCCAUCUACUUCAGUGUCAUCAUCGUUGCCAGCUACACACGGUUCCCCUCCACCUUCUCCACUGCCAUCCGUGCCAAGUAAUUWCUGGUCUUCGCCACCACCUCAACCUCAAGCAGUGAGCGUGCAACAAAAAAUAAAACAAGAGGUCUCACCGCCCACGGGCUCAUCGAUUGAGCCUUAUCAUUAUCUACAGUUUAUCGCAAGGUUUAAAUCGCCUGAACGAAGUGAACCUUUAGUCAAGUUCGAGUCACCAGAACAGACUGAACCUGAAGAUCUUUCCAUCAAAUCCGAGAACAAAAUGAUCGUCGAUGUUGCUAUGGAUCUCACAUGUAAAUAGCUUUUAUUAUUAUAAAUUUCAGGAAAUUAAUGAAGAAAACAAUCAUAUAAAAUGUAACAACUACAAAUUAUAUACAAUACAUAGAUUUCAUGUCCAGUAGCCAAUAAUAACAACUUUAAAUUACAAUCAUUAUCAUUAAUUUUAUUUUUUUCGUGGAUAUGUAUUCAUUUCAUAGUUUUAAGCUCAAUUUUUUCUCAUUAAUAUCAAAAAAAUUUUUUUAAUAAUAAUAAAUUGGUUUUUUUUUUUUGACGUUAAUCAAA